AUGUCUCUCAACAUGAUGCUGCAUGAUGCUGGUGAUGAUUCGGAUUUGAAUUCCGACCAAGAAAGACCAAGCACUGCUCCUCCAUCUUGUGACGACGAAAUAUCCGCAAUUGCCGAACAACCAGAUUCCCACGGUUGGACCACCCAGCAUGCUUCUGUCCAUUGGCCUGCAAACCAGGUGCCAGUUGAAAUAUUUGAGAUAAUAAUUUCACACCUCGCACGUCUCGAGGUUAGAUGCCUGCGACUCGUUUGCAAAGAAUUUGAGGCCAAGGUCUCUGCGCAGUAUUUCCGCAACGUUGUGGUUCCCUUUAAAUCCGAGCUUUAUAGCAAACUGGAUCGUGAUGAGAACGGUGUCCUCAAACGCACGUCUUCCGCUCUCCUAUCUAAUGGAAUGCGCAUCUUCCAAUCCUUUGGCCCGCACAUCCGACGCUUUGCCUUGUCGUUGGAGCUUGAUGAAGACACACUCUCAUACCCUCCAAUCAAGCCUUCACAGGAAGCUGUGCCAUCUUUUUGGGGCAUAUACCGCUGGCCGCAUGACACAUAUCACCGAUAUACCGACCUUGAGGGCCUUGAGCAGACUGCUGAUGAAACUGAAGCUAUGAAGGAGGCGCUUAAAUGCUUGGUCAAGGUCUCCAAUCUUGGAAUCUGCUGUGAUGCUGGUCUUGGCUUUCUGUUGGGACCGGAUCAUAUAGCACGCAACGCUGCCGCUACCACUGUUGACCCUGUUUUUGCAACCCAGAAUUGGCGCAUCACCAACUCUGAACUUCAACAAAAGAAGCCGACCAUCGUCAGCUUGUCGGAUUUUCACCAACUGCUCAAGGAUAUCACGGAGCCUGUCUUUGAAAACCCCAUCAGUUUCAAGCGGACCGUACUGCGGAAGAUGGCGUCCGACGCCGGAUAUCAAGACGAUCAGAUUCACGAUGCUGUGAGCAUGAUACUCGACACAGAAGGCACAGAUCUCAACACCAUUGAUUUUGACGAGAGAGCUUCCCUGCUUAAUAACACGGAAACUCGAUUCCCAUUGCCGAUGAGUAACCGUGCCGAUUUCGAACCUGGCGCUGCAGACAUUGGAAAUUAUCCACUCAUCCCUUCGAGUCUUACAAGAGCACAAAAAGAGAUGCUUCUAGAGCUUGAAUGGGCUCAUCGCGCUAUGAUCCAGUCUUAUGUGAUCGGUCUCAUCGACAAUGCUCGAGCUGACUGUUUCAUGAAUUUGUCAACGCUCACAAUUGCCAAAAUCCCCAGCAGCCAUGUGUACAUCUUUAAUCGCCAUGAUCUUUGGCAAAAUCUACCGUCCCUCAGCAAUGUCUCAUUGGGCGUUAUCGCCGACUGGCGGCGUAUCUCUAAACCUGCCCCAGGGUGUGUUGAGGAUACUGCAGUAUCUCCCGUCGAUGCUGUGGAGAAGGUCUACCAGCUACUCAACACCUAUAUUGGCGCCCAGACCAAUAUCGAGAGCCUUCACUUUGAAUGGAUUUGCGGUGGGGAGUUUGCACCCUCAACGUUCCAGCGAAACCACUACAUUCUUCCAGCUCCAUUCUUUGAGGACCCUCAGCUCAUGACACGAGUUAGUAGCCCCAGAACUCACGAAAAGGACAUCCUGGUCCUGCCCUUUAUCAAGCAUUUGUCCUUGAAGAACUGUUGGGCUUCGCCUCACGUCUUUCUUCAAACAAUACGCAAUAUGGCUCUUUCUACCCUCGAGAAACUUGACUUGGAAUCUGUGUCACUUUCUGGUCCACCAACUCUCACGCCACAGGCUCCUCUUCAGGGACAUCACGCCAACGUGAACAAUGCUCAUCUGCUGGGUCUACUCACUCUCCCAAUGGGGACCCAGAUGCCACCUCACCCUGUGGGAGGCGGCCAUGGCCAUGGCCCUCCUCCGCCGCCGCCACCAAUGGCCCAGAUGUUCCAAAACCUGGUGCAGGCUAACAACCCGCCGCCGGACCCGUUGGGCACACCCUCAGAAACCUUGCAGGAGCCUGAACAACUCUCAUGGGCAGGCAUCAUAGAGCACUUCUCCCCUGGCAUCAAGAUCCAGGACAUUUUGGCGGCCAGAGAUGAGACUGGUUCUAGUUCUGACGAGCAAAUGAUAAACCAGCCAGAUCCAUUGGGUCAACAUAUACCAUCAUCACAUCGCCUACGUUCUGAUGCGAAGAAGUACACUCUCAAGUGUCUUUCAUUCAAAUCAUGUGGUUAUGUGUCAGUCGAUAUGGUGGAUACGAAUACCAGGAGCAUUUUGCCAUUUGGUACUCAAGGUCUUGCUGGUAAUGGGAACCUUCACAGCUCGAAUCUGGGACCUCUGAUGCAGAGGUGUCGUGACAAGCUCCUAGCUCGUAUUGCACCUUUCAUACGACCUCGGGAGUUAUUCCAACUCACCAAUGCCUUUGGUCUGGAUACGGGAUGGGAAAACAUUUACGACGAACGGACAAUAUCCGAUGCUCUGGGCGAUGGCGUUGAGAGCCCCGGAAGAGGGCGCUUUUCAGGAACAAUCGAUGCUGUCACUAGUACAGAGGCCAGAGGCGUUGGUGCUAUGACUACCACUGCCUUUUAG